UGCAACUGCCUGCUCUCCGUGUGGAGGGGAGGGCCAACCAGCAAACAGCAGCAGCAGCAGGGCUGAGGCUCCAGCCAUGUCAGUUUGUUCUGCGCUGGACGAACGAUGAUAGAGCCAUGGCCAUGUCACUGAGCGCCGACGAUGAGGAUUACGACUCGGAGGCCGAGCAGCAGCGGCCCGCCAACCGCCCCAAGCCCAAGAUGGGGGCGUCGACCACGGUCAAGCUGCCGGCCAGCCGCUCCACGUCGGGGGCGCGGCGGCGGAGGACGCGCUGCAGGAAGUGCGAGGCGUGCCAGCGGACGGAGUGCGGCGAGUGCCACUUCUGCAAGGACAUGAAGAAGUUCGGCGGCCCCGGGCGCAUGAAGCAGUCCUGCAUCAUGAGGCAGUGCAUCGCGCCUGUGCUGCCCCACACUGCAGUGUGUCUGGUCUGCGGAGAGGCCGGGAAGGAGGACACGGUGGAGGAAGAGGAGGAGAAGUUCAACGUCAUGCUUAUGGAGUGCUCCAUCUGCAACGAGAUUGUGCAUCCUGGCUGUCUCAAGGUCAAAGACACGGGUGGCGUUGUGAAUGACGAGCUUCCUAACUGCUGGGAAUGUCCCAAGUGCAAUCAUGCCGGGAAGACUGGGAAAGCCUACAAGCAAAAAAGAGGUCCCGGGUUUAAGUACGCCUCCAACCUUCCUGGCUCCCUGCUGAAGGAGCAGCGUGUGAACCGUGACGUGAAGGAGGAGGCCGACCCGGGCAACGCCGCGGUAGCCGCCGCCGCUGCUGCUGCCGCCGCCGCCACUGCCGCCACCGCCACUGCCACCGCCACCGCCACCGCCGCCAAGAGGAAAGCCGAGCGCGAGGAGACCCCCAAACGCAAGCCCGAGGAGCCCCCCAAGAAGCGGCCCUCCGUCCCAUCACCCGACGGCCAGCCUCAGCCCAAACCCGAGGAGAACCCGCUCCGCAAGAAGAGGAAACUGUUCGAGAAGGAUGCCGACCCCAUCGCCAGGAAGAGGAGGAAGUCUUGGAAGUCUGACGACCCGCUGAUCCCCAAGCUUCAGCGGCAAAUCAAGAUGGAGCACGAGGAUGAAGAGGAACAGGAGGAAGAGGAGGAGGAGGAGGAAGAGGAGGAGGAGGAGGAGGAGGAAGAGGACAGGGACCUGGAGGAGAGGGAGUCAGAGAGAGAGCAAGGCGUAGAGGAGGAGGAAGAAGAGGAAGAGGAGGAGGAAGGGGCGGGAGAGGCAGAGGAGGAGGGGGCGGAGGAAGGGGACGAGGAGGACGCCGGUGGGGAGGACGUGCCGACCCCACCCGUCAGGACGCCCGCCCGGGAGAGCGACCAAUCGCGGUCCAGCUCCCCGAGGGCGGGGCCCAGCAGCGAGGGCGGCAGCGAGCCGCAGGAGAAGGGCCGCCUGCGGGCCCGGCGGAAACGGCGGUUACCCAGCAAGGAGCUGAGCAAGGAGCUGAGCAAGGAGCUCAACCAGGAGAUCCAGAAGACCGAGGACUGCCUGGCCAACGAGAACCGCCAGCCGCUCAAGUCCGAGCCCGAGAGCGAAAACGAGGAGCCCAAGAGGGCACUGGCCAACAACGGCGGCGAGCUGGCGGCCGACCGGCUCCGCCUCAAGGGCCGUGAGCUGAACGGCGGGGGCCCGCGUGAGCUCCGCAACCACCCCCACCUGCAGCAGCUCUCCCUGCUCAGCCUCAACCGCGGCCCGCCGGGGGGCCGGCCCCCGCCCCCGCGCUCCCCGCCCAAGUGCGUGCAGAUGGAGCGGCACGUCAUCCGCCCGCCCCCCAUCAGCCCCCCGCCCGACCGCCUGCCCCUGGUGGACGGCGGAGCCCACGCCGUGCGCCGAGAGGUGUGGAUGGCCAUAUUCGGCCACCUCUCGCACAGGGAGCUGUGCGUGUGCAUGCGCGUCUGCAAGACCUGGAACAGAUGGUGCUGUGAUAAGAGGCUGUGGACCAUGAUAGACCUGAACCGCUGCAAAUCCAUCACCCCGCUCAUGCUCAGUGGGAUCAUCCGCAGGCAGCCUGUCUCCCUGGACCUCAGCUGGACCAACAUUUCAAAGAAGCAGUUGAGCUGGCUCAUUAACAGGCUGCCAGGUCUCAGAGUUCUGCUCCUGUCCGGGUGCUCGUGGGUGGCGGUGUCCGCACUCUGCACCUCCAGCUGCCCGCUGCUCCGCACCCUGGACGUGCAGUGGGUGGAGGGCUUGAAGGACGCCCAGAUGAGGGACCUGCUCUCACCGCCGACCGACAACAGGCCAGGUCAGAUAGACAAUCGGAGUAAGCUGCGGAAUGUCGUAGAUUUACGGCUAGCAGGACUGGACAUCACGGACACCUCCCUGCGUCUUAUUAUCCGACACAUGCCUUUACUCUCGCGACUGGACCUCAGCUACUGCAACCACAUAACUGACCAGUCCAUAAACAUUUUAACCGCAGCGGGAACGACAACUCGGGAUUCCCUUACAGAGAUUAACCUGUCAGUUUGCAAUAGGGUCACAGACCAGUCCCUGACCUACUUCAAGCGCUGUGGAAGCAUCUGUCACAUUGACUUGCGCUACUGCAAACAGGUGACCAAGGAGGGCUGUGAACAGUUCGUAGCGGAGAUGUCCGUAAGCGUGCAGUUCGGACUCAUAGAGGAUAAACUACUGCAGAAAAUCAGCUAGUCAAUACUGGCGUGUCCAGUGCAUUGUGGGUACUGAAACACAAAGAACCCUGAUGGGUUUUUGCUUUUUUGCCAACGUACGGAACAGGAACGCGUGGUUUUCCGAAUAUGAUUUGUGUCGGACGAGGGAUUAUUAUUGUUUUUUUCCUCUUAAAUGUGGAAAAUGAACAGUGUUGGAAAACAGCGAACAAUACGAUGACGACACAAUGAGGAAUGGAAACACAUUUUGUCGUGCAAAAGGUGGAAGAGACUGACUUCAGUGCAUGGGGCUUCUCUGUGGAUAAGGCCGUCCCUCAGAUACCCAGGGAAUCAGGUGCGAACAUGUGCCCUGAUAACGGUGGCAGUUCGUCCUCUCAACGGGACCCCUGGUGUGUUCCGCCUCGGAGCAGAACUUUGAUUCGAGGAGAGACUGUGUAAAAAAAAAAAAAACGCAUGUUUUUUGUUUCUUUUUUUAUACUGUUAAGAUCCUACCAGCCUUUUAAGUUAAAAAAAAGUCACAUUGUGUUUAAGAAACACCACAAGGACCACAACUGAUUUUUUAAAAUUUUGUUUAUUCAUACAUUUUUUCCCUUUUGUUACAAUGCAAACCUCAUGCAUCGUGCCGAAUAUUUUUGUAUCGGAAAGUGUUUCAAGCUCUCUAUAUAUGCAGUAUUGGAUUCACACCGUUGUUCCAUUUUGAUUUCCAAUUUUUCAAUCUGCAUCAAUUGUUUUUCUUUUUGGCUGACUUUAUCCUGUACUUUGGAGUUAUGCCUGUACUAGCUUGUCCAGAUGGAGGUGUUAAUAUAUUAAUUUAUGCUGUGGUGUUCUAUCUGACGUGGGUAUUCCAAACUUGUCAGUACAGAGUUACUUUAUCUCUUUCUUAUGACUAUAUAUAUUCAGUCUAUUUCAAUGUGUUUAUACCUGGGAAUUCUAGGAAAACUAUUUGCACUGUUUGACUUGAAUAAAUAUAGCUAUUUUUUUCCAAGGAUCAUCAGCUAUUUAUAUGGGGAGUUUUGAGGGACUGAGGCUGUUAUGCACUGUCUUAUACUUACCUGUACAGUCACAUGAAUAAUUUAAUAUUAUUCAAACUGGGCCAAGUUUCAUUAUUUGAAUAUAAGUACCAAGAGCUGUAGGUGAUGAUAACCCUUAUUUAUAUUAAAGGAAUUCUGAUUACAUUCUGACAUUUUCAGGCAGCUCUGUUGGGAGUAAACAAGAUCCGUAAAACCUACCACCCAAUCAGCAACUGAGCAGGCUGUUUAUCCCAGCCCAGGUUAUUGCCUAAAGUCUGUUAAGGAGUGGUCAUGAUGGUAAAAUGAUAAAUCCAUUAGCUAUUGAAAAAAAAACCCUAAAUUCUAAAUAUUCUGAGUAUGGCAGAGGUAGGUCCCACAUCAGAGGAAGAAAGGAUACACUGUUUGGGUGAUGUCUGACUUCAUUCAACACUACGAAAUCACUCUGAGCAGACAGCAGAGAGUAACCUUGCUUGGCUAAGCUACACCGCUGCGGCGGUGCUGUCAGCUGUUCCUCCUCGUUCAGCCCCGUGGAUGACAUCACCGGUCUUGUGUUUUCUUUGUCGGUGAUGUGCUACGCCCUGCAGGCCAAAGGGGGAACUGGGGGAAUGUGCUCACAGCAGAUUCGUAAGGUUGGCUGAAGGCGCCCUCAUACACUGUCCACAAACCUGGCAGGUUGCAAUGUGCCAGAUUCAGGUUGCCUUUGACUACCUUAAGCACACAGGAGUGUUUGGGGGAUAAAUAAAUCCAGAGUGAACAAGAUCCUGACAUAUUCCAGAAUUUAAUUGCUUUAUCCUCCACCAGAUACCAUUUCCAAAUAUCUAAUCACUACUGACAUUUCAGACCUUUAAUUUGAUUAAGUAUCUUGUGCCUCCCCCUCUUGUUUCCCUCAUAAGACCUUCACAGAUCAGUGGUUAAAAUAUCAUACUGGAGGGUGUAUAGUGUCCCCUAGAAUGUUUACGCAUCAAACUGCAUCUUCGGAAAGCAAGCUCACCCUCCCCAAGUGAGGUCCACGUUGCCGAAUCUUCCUGCCUGCAUUUUCCCCCCUCUGUCUCAUGCCCCUCUGCACGGAGUCUACUAUUGCUGCAUCCACCCCCC